CUAUAAAUGGUAUUAAAAACUUCGGUUCUUUGGGUCGGGAAACCCUGUCGCGCCGCGUGGGUCACGUCGUCAUCGUCGUCACAGGAUAGCGGCGACUGACUACUCAAAUAACUUUUUAUUGAAGGAUGUCCCCAUGUUAUUUUCAUGAUUUCACAAUCAUAGCACUCCACGGUCUCAGACUGAGCUGACCUCCGCGUCCUUGCUUGCUUCAUUGAUUGGAAUCUAAAGCCUCCUGCAGGCCAGGCUGUAUAGCUGCGAAAUUGAGCUCUCUUUGGCCGCCUUUUUUCACAACAAAACUCGCUUCACCCUGGCUCGAUGGUCAGGAGCUUCUUUUGCUGUGGGGUACCGGCAUCAGGUGGCAUUCGCAUAGCUGAGGGUACUUCAGCACCCGCCACAGGGCCUGAGGAAAGGAAACGGGCAGUCGAUGCUGGUGUCCAAGUCGGGGCCCCCGGUGCAAGCACGGCUUCAAAUUAUGUCGAUUCCCAAGAUACACUUGUUGCGGCCGUUUCUGCAGCGAUUUCCGAGCUGCUGGACCUUGGACCUAGCGCCUCGUGGCUUGCGCACAUCGCCGAGUGCCUUGAGGUUGUCGAGGCGCACGUUGGAGCAUCGCGGCUGGCCCUGAUCGGUCCUGACGGCCUUACAUCGUGGGUGAUAUCAGACGGUGCAGCCAACGGGGGCGGCAGUUGGGGCCGAGCCUGCGCCCUACCCCACACGGCGGACACGAUCGCCGUCAUCCGCGGGUACGGACAUCUGGGUGUCAGCUGCUGCGGGGGCCCGCCUGACCCCAGCUCCAUCGUGACCCGUCCAACUACCGCGGCACUUCAGCUCGCGCAGCGGGACGUGCUAGCGCUGCCGGUGCGCAUGCGCGGCCAAACGGUGGCAGCGCUGCUGCUCAGCCUGCGGGACGGCGGCGACCGACCGCCGCACCCAACGGCUGCAGAGGUGGCGGCCACGACAGCGGGCUGCACCAACAGCAUCACCAGCAGCCGCCGCCAUCGCAGCUUGCUGUCGGGGUCCAGCCACAGCAGCAGCGCCGUUUCAAACAGUGGCUUGGCAGCCGCCACUGCUGGUGACGGCGGCGGUGGCAAUGCGAUGCGGUCGCUGAGCCCGGCGGAGCUGCAGGAGCUGAUGCGACUGGCUGGCGUGCUGUGCCGGAGUGUGUUCGGGUCCGACCCCACACACGUGCGCCACCUGUCCCUGAUGGCGGGCCACCUUGGCGCACUGGCGCUGGCCCCCAGCCUGUCGCUGCUCGUCCGCGGCCUACUGGAUGCCAUGCAAGACCUCCUGGCCUCACGCACCGCCCUGCGGCUGCAGCCCGUGCUGGCGCUGCUGACGCACCCGCCGGUGGCGCCGACAGCCGCCGGCUGCGCCAGCCGCGCUGCCGCCGCCGCAGUGCCCAACGUGCCUGCAGUGCUGUUCACUCAGCGUGGCGGCGCAGCGGCCGCGGUGCCUGGUGAAUGUCUGUUGGAGACGCACACAAGCGUGCAAAGUGUGGCGGCACUGGCGGCGGCGCAGACGGCUGGGCCGCCCGGUGGCGGCGGCGGCGGCGGGCUGAGCCUGUUGCUGACCUCGCAGGUGGAUAGCGGGAGCAUGGUGGGAUUGCUGGGCGGCGGCGCGGAGAGCAACGCCGCCGCUAGCCGUUUGGGUGCGAGCGAAGAUCCCGCCCAGAUAGCUCCAGAAGGGGUCGCCGGCGAGGCCAGCUGUGUGCGUGCGGUGCGCGUGGCGCUGUCGCACACCCUCCUCGCCGAAGCGCUCAAGGUGUUGCUCGAGGACAAGGCAGGACCUGGCGCAACGCUGGCCGGAGCAAGCGCGGCUCACGACGCCGCAGGGCCCGCCACCCCUCACGCCUGCACUGCACCAUCUGCUGCCCGCCGCGGCAACCAGCAGGCGCCGCCUACGACGCAGCCCGCUGCGGAUAACGGUUCUGGUAUCCCCCCGCCGGCAGCUUUCCACGUGCUCGCUGCGGCUGCUGCCAAGGAAGGAGCAGACAGCACCAACAACAGCGUCGACUGGCCCGGGGGCUCCGUCCAUGCCCGGGAGGGCAGCGGCGCGCUCAUCGUGCCCGAUUCGCUGCUGCCGCCGCUGCCGCCCGCACCCGGCGGCGGCCCAGCUGCAGCAGCUGGCGGCCGCACUUUCAGCAGCCCGCACCUGCAACCGGCCAACCGGUUCCACUGCAUCGUGCUGCGCCACGCCAGCGCACACCUGCUGGAUGAGCGGCAGCCGUGCCGUGACAUCCUGAACAUCGGCAAGCUCACAGGCGGCGCCGCCGGCUCGUUGGUGCUGUGCGUGGAGCGAGUGGAGGCGGCUGAGGCGGCUGCAGUAACGGCGGUCUCUGGGGCCAUGGCCCAAGCCUUCAGCCUCAGCUGCAAUAACACCGGUGGCCGCGGCAGCACUGGUCCGGCGGCACUCGGCGGCAGCGGUCACUACUCCCGUCUCAGAGGCGAUCCUUCCUUUCGUGCAGCUACCGCUGCAGCAGCCGGCGCCGCAGAUGGCAAGGCGGGCAGUGGCCUCGCUUCGGCCCACGUAACCAGCAGCCCUGGCCGCUCUAUGCGCGACCUCAAGUCGUCCGUGCUGGGCAGUGGCGGCGCUGGCGGCGCCGCAGGCGCCGCGGGCACCGCCGGAGCGGCUAUGGCCGCUGCAGGAGCGGCGGUACCAGCUGCGGCCGCCGGCAGCGGGCAUACAGCCGGUGUGUUGCCCCAUGGCUCGCGUCUGCUAGGCUUCGGUGGCACCAAUGUCGGCAGCGGCACAGCGGAAUUAUUGCUGGGUCACCCCGCCAGUAGCAAUGCGGCCGGCCACGUGCUGAUGACGCCGGCAAUGGACCAGUUGUUGGAUCAGCACCACCCGGCGUCGCUGCUGGGGCUGCACGGCCUGCCCAGCUUCGCGCUGUACCUGGUGACGCCGGACACGCUGCCCAGCAGCGCCCUGCAGGCGGUGGUGGGAGAGGUCCGGCUGCUGUUCGGGCUGCUGCUGGAUGCUUUCCGCUCCGCCAUCGUUGACGGCGGCCGUGUUGCCGCCGAAAUGCGGGGCCUGCAGCAACAGCUGCUUGGCAGUGCCGCCAUGCAGCCGCCGCUGCCGAUACCACUCAGAUAUAGCCUGUCACAACUGCAGCAGUCUGCUGGCGGUGCUCUGCACCAGCAGGCGAAACAGUCGCUGCCCGCAGCGGCGGGAGGCACGGAGGGCCUGGGCUCGGCGGCGGCGCGCGCUGCUGUGGCUCUGGGAAGCAAGACACCGUUCCUGGCAGGCACGCACUUCGCGGCUUCGGCGGCCCUGCGCAGCCUUUCAUGGCGCAUCACCGGCAAGCCGGCGGGCUACACCAGCACCCUUGGUCGAUUGGCGCCCGGGGGGCAGCAGGCCGGCAUGCGCCUGCGGGAGUCGGACACGCCGGCGGCACUGCUGGCCACAGGACUGGACCAGCAGCUGUCGGCUGUGAUGAAUGCCGCUGCCGAAGCAGAGGAUGUGGGCGCCGGAUCCAUCAUGGUUUCGUCGCUGGCGGCUGGGGGCGACCCAGCCCACUGGAUGCUGGCGAGCACGCCCGAGUUCUCAUUGCAGGAGCGGGCGCCGGGGCCGUCGCCGAUGGAACUGAUGGUCGACACAAUGCGCACACACCUCAGCGCGGUCGCGUCGGAGGCGCAGGUGGCGUCAGAGGCACGGGCGGUGACGGCGCAGGACAUGGCAGCACUGGAUUUGGAGGAGGUCAUUGGGAGGGGCGGCCAGGGUGUGGUGUUCCGUGGAUACCUACACGGAUUGGAGACCGCCGUCAAAGUCAUGGUGUUCCGCGAUGGGGAGCCGCUGGGAGAAGACAUUGCAGACGACGUGACGACUGCGGCGGCUGCGGCUGACGGUGCCAAGGCCCAGGCCGACGGCAAGCUGGAAGAAACCCAUGCCGACGCGAGAGUCCGUCGGGCCAAGCGGGGAGCUAUGGAGCACGCCGUCAUGCCCACGCUCUCGCACCCAAACAUCCUUCAGGUGUAUGCGGCCUUCUCCAACGUGGUGAUUGUGCGCUGCACCUACAAGGGCGACGUGCAUCAGCUGCGGCUGUGUGCACCCGACGACGGCCUGCUAUCUGGGCUGCCCGGCCAGGGGCCGCUCAACCAGGUGCUGUGCUUCGAAUACUGUGACGCAGGCACACUGCUCAGCGCGGCAUACGGCGGCGCAUUCAGGCGCACGCGCAAUGGCCCCCUCCCGGCACAUACAUCGGCGCUGGCCGCUGUGGUGCGGCCGCUGCUGGUGCCGUUGUAUACGAGCCUACUGGAGGUGGCCCUGGCCCUGCGCUACAUGCACAGCCGGCGCCUGGUCCACUGCGACAUCAAGCCGGCCAACUUGCUGAUAAAGGGAAACAGCCGCGACCCCCGCGGCUGGGCUUGCAAGCUAUCGGAUUUUGGCUGCGCCCGCCUGAUGACGGAGAUGGCGGCGCCCCCGGUGUCCGCGGGACCAGCCAUGGCCGCCGCCGGCAGCAGCGCUGCGCGGUCGGUGGGGUUCCGAGUGGCGGUGCCGCUGGGCACACUGCAGUUCAUGAGCCCAGAGUGUUUCAUCAAGGACAAACUGCUCACCGCGGCCGUGGACAUCUACGCGUUCGGCAUCACCAUGUGGGAGCUGCUCAUGUGCCAGAUGCCGUACAAGGGGCUGCAGGAGCAGGACGUCCCGCGACUCGUGCUGCGCUCGGGGCUGCGACCUGAGUUCAACCCGCUGGCACCGCGGGAUUACUGCCACCUGGCCUACCGCUGUUGGCAUGCGCAGCCCUCCAAGCGCCCCACUGCCGUAGACCUGGUGCAUGAGCUGCAGGCACUGCUGGAGGCGGCGCGUGCGGCGGCGGACGCCGAUGCAGCCCGGCAAGAGCAGCAGCAGCUGCUGCAGGCGCAGCAGGCGGCGCAGCAUCGAGCACAGCUUGUACAGCAACAGCAGCAACAAAAACAGGCGGCCGCGGCAUCAGCCGCGGCGGCUGUCGCGGCGCGCCCCAGCAGCAGCGUCCGGCCCCUCAGCUCGCCACAUGCUGAAACGGGCGUCGUGGGAGCGGGCGCGAGGCUGCUUGCGUCCAUGAACGCUGCGCCGCUGCCGCAGGUCAUGCUCUCGCAACUGCCGCACCAUGCCGGGUCGCUCCCUGCACUGCGGCAGCAGCAGGCUGCUGGCUGGGCCGCGACGCAGCAAUGAUGCCGCAGCCCUAUAGCCACACUGCUGCCGGCUCGCAGCAAGGAACAGCACGGCGCGGGCCACCACGGCAACCAUCUAGCGCCGGCAGCGCUCGUUAAGGCCGUUCACCAGGCGGUCGGGCCUACUGCAGGAGCAGGAGCACUUGCGAGGUCCGUGCGCCCCACGCGGCAGCCAGGCCCGCUUUUUUGGCAAGUAAUCACUGGCAGCAGCGCCACACGCCAAUGAUGGCAACGCCACGUGCAACUGCGCCUGGUGCCGGCGCGCCUUUCGCUUUCGGCGCGCUGCCUUGGCAAGCAGGAGCAGUUGAUGGCCGUCACAGUAAAUUUGAUUUGUACACUAAGAUACAAUUGGACAUGGGGAGGCCAUUGAAUGUGUCGCUCGAGUACUGUCGAGAAGGGAACUUGAAUGCAUGAUCAUGGGGGAGGCAUGCGCGGGGAUAAAUUGAAAUAAGUAACAACAGUACGCAAUUAUUGAGGCUGCGAUACACCCAGACAUGUAGUGGAUGCGGUGCCACGGCGUAUAUGGGGGCGACAGUCAACAGUCGACAAUUUUACGAAUGCAUGGCCACAGCUAAUUGUAGCGUCUGCGUCUCAAUCGAGAACCGGGCGGCGGCUGUUGGUAUCAACACUAGCCAAUAAAGGCCGCGGGUUGUCAACCCCAGAGUUGGUAUGGGUGAUUGGGUGGCGGAGUUUUGUUUGUACACCGUGUGCAUGGGUUACUCCUUGAGAUGCCGGUGGCAACCCGCAACAAGAUUGAGUCUUGGUGGCAAAUAAGAUGCCUGGACCCUGGCAGAGGUACACGUGGUUCCUGCCGGGUGUUGGGAUCGGCAGAAGCUCAGCAACCGCAGCAGGCCCUGCCUUAGUAUAAAAGAUCAUGUACGGUCUUUGAGAUGCUCCUUGUCACUGUGGUCACUGCGGUUUGCAUUCGGGUACUUGAGCAGGGAUUAUUGCACGUAUAUACUGAUUGGACACCACGUAAUGCAUGCCGGUGGUUACUGAGGAUGAUUAAAUGCGUCUUUAAAUGCGGCAAGGGCUGAUUGCUUCUGCAUUUCAACUAGCUACUGUGUCUAAAGCAAUCACCUGGGAUUGGAUACCAUGCCACCCUUUUCCUGUUCGGUGCAUGCCACUUUUACGGGGCGCUGAAAUGACCUGACACUGCUUUUAUGCUAUUGAUUUUGCGAUGUUUCUUACGACGACGCAACUCGGGUUGCGCGCGUGGGUUGCGCGUACGUGCAGGAGCUCCCUUGACGAAUACUGUUGAUAUGUCGGUAAAUGCGGUGGUUGUGCUGAUUUGAUCUACAUGUUUAAGAAGAUAAAGGGCUAGUGUUACUGGACAUGAUUGAGUGCACUACUCACUAGGGCCACAUCAAAGCUGCUAUGAGUGCACUUCUCACCAGGCAAGGCUGCUAUAUACUGGAGUUCAGUGCUGCUGAGGUGUGGCCCAUGGCGCUGUGCACGCAGACAUGCAAUAGCAAUACAAUGUGCCCGGUCCAGCCCAGUGCGUGGUGGUUGCGAGCUUGAGGUGGAUACAGAGGAAUGGAAAGCCUGUGGCCUGAAACUUCUCUGGGUUUUUCGUUCGCGCUCCAGGCUGCCCCGGGUUUUUUAAGGCUUCCGGCUUUUUUACCAGGGAGUUAGCCUAGAGCGCGCGUAGUGUUGCUGGAUCCUGGCCUUAUUAGUUCAGUGCUGAUGAGGUGGCCUUGCAGCAGCUUGUCGUGCUGGUGGCCACGCUGCGUUCACGCGCGCCGGUCCGUGGCCGGUCAUGCUCGUAUUCUUGUUUUGCGUUGUUAGCGACUCAUCUACACACGCUGUUACACAAUGUAUCUCCUGGCGUGUUUUUGGGGUCUGGCGUGCGCCCCAGCCCGCUUUCAAGGCUGCGAUCAAGUGUAACAAGUUAUUUGC